UAUCUUUUUUGUAGUUUAUUUAUUUAAAUUUAAUGAAUGCAGCUUUUAGCCGUAUCGUGCAUUUUUGCAUUGUAGUUGCUAAUACAGUUUUUAUAUUCUUUAGUUUAAACAAUAAGUGUCAUGUUACCCUUUGCUUCUCUACAGUUUUAUUUUAAUUUCAUUUUAUUUAUAUCAGCAUUUUCUAAAUGCUAAAAGCAAUCUGGUCUACUUCAUAUGCGCUGUGUCUUUUGCGAAGAAAAUGAAGCCAUCUUGGACACGGUUGACAACGCAGAUAAGCGCAGAUAUCCUUCGUGUUUAUACAAACAGGAACAUACCGCAUCGAUGUCAGAUGCAUUAUUAGAUGCAUGACAAUUUUGCAUAAAUGAUAUCGUACCGGGGGAUGGAUAGAAAGAUCUAAAAAGAAAGAGAAAACCACUAAAUAAAAAUAAACGUCAUCGUGGAAAAGAAAAAGGUUAGACGAAUUCAUUUUAACCUUUUUAAGAUCGUUAAAAAAAGGCAAACAGACAAACUGGAACGUUUAAAAGCCAUAAAAUGCGGAAUCUGAAAUUGGCUCUGGCUCACAAUGAUCUCACAUUUUCGGGUUGAAAUAGCAAAAACAAAAAAAGUAAACUAGGUAGUUUUUGGCGAGCUGACACAGGAGAGCAAAUUGAAAUUUGGAAGGAUUUACCGUUCAUUUAACUUUUAUUUUGGCGGUAUUUCUUCUAUUGUGGAAAGCAGGCCUUAACGCGGUACGCUUUAGUCUAUCUAGAAAUGUUUUCUUUUUUUUAAGUUCUGAUAAUGUCAACUGUUAAAAAAGAAGGACAUAAAAAUGAAAAAAAAAUUAAUAUAUUCAAUCAGAUUUUGCUACAAAUGGAAAAUCGGACUUAAACUAUAAUUCAACACACGUACAAAUGUGACCGUUUGUAAGAUAUUGGGAUUUGUGCAUCAUUUUUAUCAUCCGUGCAUAUGUAUGAGUUAAAGCCAACAUACAUUUUUCCACUGAUAAUUCUCUUAUCAGGAUGUGCGACCAGUUGCGUUUAAAUCUUGUUUAAAUAUUUAUAGAUUAAAACAUUCUAGAAUUUUUUUUGUUUCUUUAAAAAAAGUUCUGAUAAUGUCAACUGCUAAGAAAGAAGGACAUAAAAAUGAACAAAAAAACAAAUAAAAUAUUCAAUCAGAUUUUGCUACAAAUGGAAAAUCGUACUUAAACUAUGAUUCAACACUCGUACAAAUGUAACCGUUUGUAAGAUAUUGGGAUUUGUGCAUCAUUUUUAUCAUCCGUGCAUAUGUAUGAGUUAAAGCCAACAUACAUUUUUCCACCGAUAACUCUCUUAUCAGGAUGUGCGUCCAGUUGUGAUAAAGCAAAAGAACAAGAUACGAUUCGCAAACAUACCAAAAGAAAGAGCGCUCGAACGAGUGUUCCUGAUUGAUGGACGCCAUUACAUAAAGGACCUUUUCCAGUUUGACAUCAAAAACAAUAAUAAAAACAAAACUGCCAACAAAAGAGGCAACAUUGGAGUUGAAAAAUUCUUUCAACACGGUCAACUGACUUAAGUUGUCUGCUAGCUCUCAUGCUCAUCAAUUUAAGAGAAACGCUAGAGCGACAAACGACAAAAACUCUUAUCGGGAAGAUGCUGCAUUUGAGAGCGUCGAUUGAAAAUGUUUCGAAACAUUCUUUGGACAGUUUCUUGGUCGAUUACAUCUUCAGCUCGUCUGCUGCCAAUAUUACUUUGAUACUGACAUAGCCCACCUCUUAAUUCCUGUCGCUCAAUUGGACGCACAUUAAUUAAAAAUGCCGCAUAAUUAAGCAUACUUUCAUCAUCAGGCUUCUUUACAACUUUAAUGGGUUUGGCAUUGUUUUGUACAUUGUUGGAGAAAAUAAUAUUUAAACGAACGGUAGUGUAGCCAUUGUUAUUCUUUAUUUAUUUUUAUGGCUAGAAUUUUUUUCAUAAACAAUCACAACUACAUAAAUUCUCAACAAGUUGCAUAGCUAACCCAGCAUACAAAUCGUCAUGAUUUACGUAUUAAGUAAUCGAAAGCAUUAAAAUCUCCAGCGCGUGCGAUGGAAUCAAAAACUUCAACAACAGCACAAAAAAAGGCGGUGAAAAGCAAAAUCAAAAAUAAAACAACAACAAAAAACACAUACAUAACCACAUACAUUGAUGGCCACCGUGAAAUGGAUAUGUGAACCAAAGAGGGUUACAGAAAGCGCGAUAGAAGAAGGAAGAGGUGUGACGCGCGCUAUCGUCAGCGAACGGUUUCAAUUAAGCAACUGUCGUUUGCAAAUGAGUGGUUCGCACGGCGGUUUCUUUUUUUUUCUUUCUUUUUUUUUUUUGCUGAAUCAAGUUUAUCCAUAAAGCUUGGUACUUUGCUGACCUCCCAUCAGUAUGGGCCAGGUAAGGCAAUCAGUCAAAAUGUUACGCAAUAAUUUUCAUCUCACAUCGUAUGACUGCCCCGGGAGCCGUGUGAGAAAGAUGCUGGAGCCUAAUGGAAAGUGUAAAUGCUGCGAUAAAGUGGAGCUCAUCUCGUCCAGGCAUAUCUAUUGAUGAGUGUUUUUGAAGUGUUAGUUUAUCAUCUCUACUGAUCAUUAUGUUUGGGCAGCGUGUUAUGUUUAGUGAGUAAGUUUCUGUUUGAAUUAUUCAUCAACGAUCGUUCGGAUAAAUUGGGCUUAAUAACUAUGACAUAUUAAGGUGAGAAGUAAGGCUAAUUCUUUCCACUUUAAAAACUUGUUUAUCGCUCGUUUGUGUGUUUAAUAGAAACAGCAAGCUGAUUCAUUUAAUUUAGUCUACGAGUUCAUGUUAAAAAUCUACAAGAAUUAGUUUUAGCGCUCAACACUAUGUUCCUACUACAUCUAGCUUAGUGGCCGUUAGUAAUACGGAAAGCACUAUCACAUUACGCACACGAAAAACUUACUCAAUGGGUUAUGAAAUUUCGUACAAAAAAGCAAACAAUCACGACGGUUACCACCCAUUCUAACGAAAAAUAUCUAACACCGUAGUACUCGUAAAUUCCACCGACUCAACUUGCUGUGCAGUAAACUGAAAGGACCAUGAAAUUGUAUGACGUUAGGGGAGAAGCCUAUAGCUUCAUUAUUUCCCUAAUUCACUCGACAUUUAACGAUACCACCGUACCAUUGAUAAGUGUUUUUGACAGUUGAUUUACUGUUCGGCUUCGGCUGAGCUUCAUCGACAAUCAGGCGGCAAUAUUUUCGGUCGAAACGAAAAAUGGUCGAUUUAGAUGGGAAAACUAAAACCCCCUUCUCUGAAAACAGCUCAAACUAACACGGCCGACAACAUCACCGAACCGUAACGAUCAUAAAAUUCGAUAGUCCGUUUCGGUACGUCGGCAUAGCGAAACACUUUUCCAUAAUCGUAUUAUUUGUUGCUUCCAUCCCACAGUAGCAGGAAGUGGAGCAGCUUGGUUGUUAAUGACAAGCGCCGAUAUCAAAGCAUCCAGUUGACGAAUGUUCGAAAGGGCUACUGCUACACCACGAAGCAGAUGUCUUCGUACCGUACGCCCGUGUGGUGAAGCAGUGAAGCGUACGAUAUAGACGCGCUUAGUAUACAACCGGCUAGUGUGUGAAUGGAACGUUCUGUCGCUGUUGUAGAACCGGUUAAAGUGAUCGUACCGUACACGGGGAAGUGUGCAAACGUAUUAAUCCAUGGGUAUGGUAUUACCAUAUCGAUGGAAAUAAUAAUGCGGUACGAUAUUUGAGUGCAAUGUGUUACUGUGGUGUGUUUGUAAGUGAUACUGGGUGGAUGGUGUAAAAAAGGGGAAAAUAGUUUUCCAUUAAUCCCAUGGUUGUGUGUGUGUGUCUGUAUAUUCGGUGGUAAAUUUUACAGUGAUGUAGUGUUGGAUUAAUGUACCGUUUAACCGUGUGGUGUAAAACAUAAUUGGCAAAGGCAAAAGCAACCGCACAAGCAUGUCUGCCAAAGUGAACGAUUUGCGACGUGCGGCGGUGCGGUGUUGUUUGAUGGUGUUGCUCUUCAUACUCACCACUUCCGUACCAGGGCACGAAAGGACAUCGCUGGUAUAUGGGUCGAUCGACAGUUCAGUAUCUCCACUGUUGCUGACAAACAACAGUCGGUCUCAACGCAUCGAUACCGCUAAUAGUUUGAAGGAUAGCAAGAGUGCUCUAACACUUCCACCACUGACAGCUGUCAAAGCGACAAACCCAUUGUACGCCAACUUCGUCAACCGUUCGUCACGCAAUGCUGUGGAAGAGGUAGCGCACGGCUGUGAACAGACCAAACCGAAUGCCAGCAUAAAAACUGGUAACAGUGCGUCUGGAGAUGAUACGCAAGGAAAUUUCGUAAAGUUUGCCAUACUACUACCGGAGCAGCCGAGCAAGCGGCGAGACGUUCGCAUCCUUUCCACGGUACUGCCAGUCAUCGAGAUGGCUACGCGAGAAGUGACAGCACCCGGUGGCUUACUGCAGAACUUUCGCAUCGAAAUCGACCAUCGUGAUACGCAGUGUUCCUCCACGUACGGUGCACUCGGAGCGUUCGAUAUCUUUCUCAAGCGUAAACCAGAUGUAUUUUUUGGUCCGAUUUGUGAUUACGUGAUAGCACCGAUCGCCCGCUACAGCUCCGUCUGGGGCAUCCCGCUAAUAACGUCCGGUGGACUAACAGAGGCGUUCUCGCUCAAAGUUUCCAACUAUCGGACACUAACGCGCAUGAUGGGCAACUACCAUGCGUUCGGGCUGAUGAUGCGUGAAAUCCACCGGCACUACAACUGGACGAUCCAGGCGUACCUGUACCACGAGUGGGACGAAAAGUCGGGCCGCGGCUUCACCGACUGUUCGAUGGCGAUCACCUCAAUUAAUCGUGCGAUCGGUGGCAACGAAACAUCGUCCGGGACCUUCGAUGAGGAGACGGCCAAGUAUGCCGAUUACCUUCGGUUGCUGCGGCAGAUUGAGAAGCGCGCACGAAUUGUCAUCAUGUGCGCCAGCCCAUCGACAAUACGGGAAAUUAUGCUAGCGGCCGCUGAACUGAACAUGGUCAACAGUGGCGAGUACGUGUUCUUCAACAUCGAAAUAUUUGGCAGCAUGACGGCAACGAAACAACCGCCCUGGUACGCCAAGAACGAUACCGACGAGCGCAACCAGAAGGCGAAGGAAGCAUUCACCGCCCUGCUACAGGUGGUUGCCCGCGAACCCGAGGACGACGAAUAUCGUCGGUUUUCUGAGGAGGUGAAGGAACUGACCAGGACAAAGUAUAACUACACGUAUGCUGAGGAUGAACCCGUUUCAACGUUCGUGACGGCAUUCUACGAUGCGGUGUUGCUGUAUGCGUAUGCCCUCAAUGACAGCAUUGCGCUAUUAGGCGAACAGCAAGCACUCCGCCAACCAAUCAACGGCACACACCUAGCCCAGCUGAUGUGGGGCCGAAGCUUUAAGGGCAUCACCGGGAAUGUGACGAUAGACUCGAACGGUGACCGUAUAUCGAACUAUUCUCUACUGGAUCUCAACCCGGAAACGGGACUGUUUGAGGUUGUUGCGAACUAUUACUAUGGAGGAGGUCUUCAGUUUGUCGAGGGCAAAGCUAUUCACUGGGCUGGUGAUCGGACAAAGGCUCCACCAGAUCGACCAACCUGUGGUUUUGACGGAUCACUAUGUCCAGAUAAUUCACUACCGGGCUACGCAAUACUGUCCCUUGUACUUGGUGUGUGUGUUGUAUGCAUGGGCAUCGCAUCCAUCGUUGGCUACCGGCACUAUAAACUUGAAGCCGAAAUCAACUCCAUGACGUGGAAGGUGAACCCGAACGAUGUGCUGUCCUGCAAUCCUAGCCGCGGGCAUCGGGGCAGCUUCCAUUCGAUGGUAAAACGGGGCAGUCAAGCUGUAAGCACAUUUCGGGACAAUCCGUCCGGCAAUCAUGAAAACCAAUCGAUAGUCCCUUCUUCCUCAUUGCAGACGAUCUACUCCGAGGAUCUCAACUCGCUGCCGGGAGAUCGACAGAUUUACAUCCACUUCGGAUUCUAUAAGGGCUGUAAGGUGGCGAUCAAGAAGAUUAAUGUGCAAAACCUCAGCCUAACCCGGUCGCUGAUGCUUGAGUUUAAGCGCAUGAAGGAUAUUCAGCAUGAUCAUCUGGUGCGGUUCUAUGGUGCAUGUUUAGAUUUGAAUCCCGAUCCGUUUAUAUUGACCGAGUAUUGCCCGAAAGGAUCACUGCAGGACAUACUCGAGAAUGAAACGAUUAAGCUUGAUUGGAUGUUCAAAAUUUCGCUUAUGCACGACAUCGUCAAGGGUAUGGCUUUCCUACACUCGACCGAUCUACAUUCACACGGUUCGCUAAAGUCAUCCAACUGUGUCGUCGAUUCGAGGUUCGUACUGAAAGUGACGGACUUUGGGCUGCAUCAGCUGCGUCGUAGUACGGAAGAUGCCGAUAUUGAGAGUUACGCCUAUUGGCAGAAACUUCUCUGGACCGCUCCAGAACUUCUGAGAGAUCCCCAGUGUCCACAGGCGGGCAGUCAGAAAGGUGAUGUUUACUCGUUUGGCAUCAUCAUCCAGGAGAUCGUAUCGCGCCAAGGUCCAUUCUACCUCGGCACAGAGGAAAAAUCUCCCAAAGAAAUCAUCAAACUAGUCAGAGACGGGCCGGGACUGAUGGACGUUCCUUUCCGGCCAAAGGUGGACGAGUCGUCGUACGAGGACGUUAACAACAUAAUGGUCAAAUGUUGGGCCGAAGAACCGGCAGACCGGCCCGACUUUAGUGGGCUAAAAACUAUCAUCAGAAAAAUUAACAAAGAAAAUGAAUCUGGUAACAUAUUAGAUAAUUUAUUGCAACGCAUGGAGCAGUAUGCGAACAAUCUGGAAGCGCUGGUGGACGAGCGAACGCAGGAUUACUUCGAGGAGAAGCGCAAAUGCGAGGAACUGUUGUACCAACUGUUGCCCAAAUCCGUAGCGGCACAGCUGAUCAUGGGCAAAUCUGUGAUAGCGGAAACGUAUGAUCAAGUAUCUAUUUAUUUUAGCGAUAUUGUCGGCUUCACCUCGAUUUCGGCACAAAGCACCCCGAUGCAGGUCGUCGAUCUGCUGAACGAUCUCUACACCUGCUUCGACUCGAUCGUCGAAAACUUUGACGUGUACAAGGUGGAAACAAUCGGUGACGCAUAUAUGGUAGUGUCCGGGCUUCCGGUGCGGAAUGGAAAUCUGCACGCGCGGGAAAUCUCUCGCAUGGCACUCCGGUUGCUGGCGGCCGUUUACAAGUUCACCAUACGUCAUCGGCCGAACGAACAGCUACGGUUGCGGAUAGGGCUACACAGUGGUCCAUGUGUAGCCGGUGUUGUUGGUUUAAAGAUGCCACGGUACUGUCUGUUCGGGGACACGGUAAACACGGCCAGCCGGAUGGAAUCAACAGGUGAAGCGCUCAAAAUACACGUCAGCCACAACACCAAAACGCUGCUCGACACAUUCGGCACAUUCGAUCUAACCGAGCGGGGCCUGGUACCGAUGAAGGGUAAGGGUGAAAUGCUUACCUACUGGUUAAAUGGUGAACGGUCCGAACCUUCAACACCGCUACCAAAUGGACUGAAAGGGCCAACGAUUAGCAGCCGGCAACAUCUGCUCGCCACCGACGGUGUCCCAACCGCGCUUGAUCCUCACGCAUCAGCACAGCAGCAGCUACUGCCAUCAGUCGCAACCGCCCAAGCGAACGUAAAUAAUGGUUCCGUCACGGUUGUGACCUCACCACCGCCCGGUAUCCUGAUUAACCAUCAUCACAACAACAACAACAAUUCACCCUGUAGCCUCAACCACAACAACAACAACAACAACAACUCGUCCAACAGCUGCCAUAAUCCGACACCGCCCAAAAAGCUCAACAGUGUGUCGUACAGCUUCAUGAAAGCGUCCGGUUCCGCCGGUAACAAUAGCAAUGGAGCGAACGUAGCAAAAGCUUCCGCCCUAUCCAAACCAAAGCUCCCGGAGGUGGAGGCGUUACGUGGGGCAAGCGUUACGAAACCCUUGCUUACCUGAAAGCGAACAGGGAACAGGGAUUUUUGUUUUUGUGAUGUAAUUUUAUAUUUCGUUUUUUGGGGCGAGAAAACCAAGACAUUGGGUCAUGGUACUUGCUCUUAAAUUACUCUCUAAUGCAGCUGUGUGUAUGGAGAAUGUAGAGAUUGAAAAAUUAAGUAUUUUCCGUGCCAGAAAAUUGACAAAAUAAUGACAUUUUGCAUGUGCAAAACAUCGUUCCCGGAAGCAAUCUCCGGGUGGAACAUGAAUUAUCAAUUUGCUAUCAAUUUCAUGGAAGGAAAGCACAUCGAAAACAGUAGGAGCAAGUGACUGACACGAAGAAAAAAGGAAACGAAUGUACUUAACUUAUGGGAGGGGAAUUUGAAAAACAAAUUCCUUUUCCCUUUUUGAAAGUCGUCAUGUUUGUUACUCCUAGUUGUAUGUGUGUUUUUACAUAUAAAAUCACACAAACAGGAUAAUAAAAUAAAACCCCCGGAAAGCUCACCGUGUGCUGUAACUGAACGUUGGAACGAUAUGGAACUGCAAUGUUUCAUCCACGUUCAGACAAAGAUACUACUGUAAAGAAGAGAUGAGAUGAGAACGAGGAUACGGGCAUCAUAUAUGAUAAGCCAUGAGUUUAACGACAGGGAGAGAGACAGAAUGAGAAUGUAGUCCAGUUAGAUUAUUUGAUGUUGUAUAAAACAGUGUAAAAGGUAGAACAGUUACUAGCGAGUGAUUUCUAUAUUAUCACUCCUGUUUGUAUGUGUGCAUGCAUGCGUGAGUGUGAGUAGUGUGUAAGAGACGAGCCCCAAAAAUUCCAAAACAUCAAACAAAAACGUUUGUCCGAAAUGCGACGGACAAAGUUUGGGAAACCAAAUGCCAGCUGUUUGUGUCACGCGAAUCACGGGUGUAAAACUUUCUACUAGCGUCUCGUCGCUGUUUAGCAGGACUAUCAUUAACGUAACCUAAAACUAAAGCCACACAAAAACCAAGCAAAGAAAACAGGUGUACAACGGUCAGGACACUUGCGAAACAAAAGCAAGAUUGCAAGGCAAAGGUUACAAGGAUGGCGUGGCGUAUUUUUGUUUUUUUGUAAGUGUAUAAAUGUAGUAGCAGUAGUGUUUGUAAGUUUUAUCUGUAGUAAGAUGUAACCGGAACGUAAUAUGUGAUCAAAACAAAACAAAUGCCGACAUGGAGAACACAGCACGGCACAGCCAAGCAGGUGGAGCAAACAAAAAUUCAAAUCGAUGCCAUUUGGUAAUUAAUGUAUUGAGUGUGUGUGUGUGUCGCAAAAGCGAAAAAAGAGGAUGAGAAAAUUAAUAGAAACGAACGGUAAAAAAUCACGUGCCAAGAACGAAUGAAACGAUAUAAAAACUCUUCUUUAUGGAAGUAGUAAAGCCCCAGUAGUCAAAAUAACAAGGUGGAAACUAUUCGUGUGGUUGUGGUUGUCGAACGCGAAAUAAAGUUGUAUUUAUGCAUUGAUGAAAAUGAAA